UCAGUAAUCGUUUGUUUACAAUCAAAAUAUCUACAGAAAGUAAUAUUAUUUCGGAUUCAGCAUAAUUUUUUAUUUAGCAAGUAAAUUAAGUAAAUUUGAUCAAAAUUCUUAUUUGGAACGUGUAAAAUCGUUAAUAUGUUUCCAAAUUAAGUGGGAAAGUGAGCAAAUUGCUGGGAUCUCAAGCCGGAACAAUCUACCAACAAAAGCGAAGAUCAAACCAACAUUAUCAGCAUUCUAGGUUUUUCGUUUAAUUUAACUAGACGAGUUUUUGAAAGUGGAAUGAAAUAACUGUUAUCUGACCUGACAGCAGGUUUUGGAGCACUUAAAAGCUUGAAAUUUAGAAAUCGAUUCACUGUCUUUGUUAAUCUUUUUUUGUUCUAUCUGAAAUCAAUCGGUUACGGUAACGAACUAACUGUUGUCCCUUAACUUGUCAACGAAAAUGGACGAUUCACUGAACACUACCCCAAAUCCUGUGAUGGGCAGUCACGAGGAUGAGUUCCAAGAGCAAAGCGCCUCAGAAAGUCCGGAAGACGACGAGUCUCUCACCGAAGACAACAACUCGUCCAAGAUCUACAGCUGCGACCGGUGCCCCAAGCGAUACGUCCAGCUGGCCCAUCUGCAAUCGCACCAAAAGUACUGCAAAACACCGCUCGAAAAGGUCGAGAGCAAAACACAGAUGUGCCAUCUGUGCCCGGCCAAGUUUAAGAAAACCGCCGAGUUCCGGUACCACAUGCUCAAACACAACGGCGAAACUCCGUACGGAUGCCGGUCCGAGGGUUGCACGAAGGGAUUCCACUCGCCGAAGGCUCGCUUGGCGCACGAGAAGAAAUGCGGGAGGGAGCAGCAAACUGGACCGGGAGAGGUGGUGUGCGAUGUUUGCGGAGCGUUCUUUAAGUCCGCUAAUGCCCUUACGCAGCACGCGCUCAGCCAUCGAGAACCGAGCCACGAGUGUCACGUUUGCAGCGAGAAGUUUGUGAGGAAGGGUAAGCUUGGUUCACAUUACCGAAAAAAGCAUAAGGUUGAGCCGCCGUGGAAGAAGGAAGCUGGGGAUGGGGAGAGUUCUGAGGAGGAGGACGAGUGCGGCGAUUGUGGAAGGGUCUUUGACAGCGCUACCAACUUGAGAAUGCACAGGAAGUUCUGCAAAGCUACGGCUGGGGUGCUGACCUGCGAGCAGUGCGGAAGGGUUUUCACGGAUAAGGCCAGGUUCGGUUACCACAUGAAUCAACACAACGACGUUCGACCUUUCGAGUGCCAGAUCGAGGGCUGCACGAAGUCGUUCUUCAGUCCGGACACGAGGAAGAAACACCAUCGGGUGUGCGGCAAGUCGGACAAGCCGAUCGAAUGUACCGUCUGUGGGGCGAAGCUGAAGACCUCGGACUCGCUGAGGACGCACAUGCAAACGCACAGCACGGGACCGCGGCCAACGUGCCACAUCUGUGGGCAGGAGUUCACCAUGAAGGGGAACCUGCGCGAACACCUGAACCGGCACGCGAAUGGUACCUUAAAGGGAACUCGGGUGAAGGCGACGCUGAAGUGUAAGAGCAGAUAUCAGAAGCGCGAAGAAUCUUCAGACGAAGAUGAGCCUAAGAAACGGAAAAGUGAACGAAAGGCGACUGCUGAAUCGACACCGGAACAACCCGAUUCGGUGUUUGAGGUGGACGAGGUCAAGCAGGAGAUCGUGGAAGAGGAGAUCAUCGUAACGGAACAUCAAGUUCCACCGCCGGAAUCCGAUCUUCCGCUGAAUCAGCGCACCAAACGCCCCAAGCGAGCCCGUGCAGUUCCAACCAGCAGCGCCCACAAAUGUACCGAGUGCGAAGCCACCUUCACCAAGGCUCACUCGCUGAAGAACCACAUGCAGGUGCACUCGAAGCGACGCUACGAGUGUACGGUCUGCGGCAAGAAACUUCUAAAGCAAGCAAGUCUAGGCGUUCACAUGCAGAGCCACGAGCGCAACAAAGCCGACAAGUCGUCGGAAUCGCUGGAGAUUCACUCGUGCGACGAUUGUUGCAAGAGCUUCGUCGGUUUGGUGGCUCUUCAAGCGCAUCGGGUUGACUGCGAGAAGAUUGGCGCGCCUCUCGCUACCUCUGGCAGCUAUUGUCACCUGUGUCCAGCGGCAUUCCAGGACGCGGACCAGCUGCGGCUUCACCUCGGUGAGCACGACGAUGAGCUGGAGGACAACAGGCUCAAGUGUCGUCGCGAGGGUUGCGAGGAACGCUUCAGCAACUGCGGAGACUUGUGGGAACACGAAGCGCGCUGCGAAGAGGUUGGCCACUUUGUUUGUGAUAUCUGCGCGGGAGCGGUUGAGGAGUUUGACGAGCUGCGCCGCCACGAAGAAGCUCACUUGGAGCAGGCGGCAAGCUGUCGAAUUUGCGGGGAGACGUUCUACUCGGAAACCGACUCGGAGCACCACUGGCGGACCCACUUUGGAGAGGCGCUUCCGGACGAGGAACUGCCGAAAGAUGCCAACUGGCGGCUGAUGGAAUCGAUGCCGGAGAGCACGCUCUGUGAGUUGUGCAGUAAGGGGUUUGUCACCGAGUUGGUGCUGCGACUGCAUCGGCAGUUUUGCGAGCAGAGGUUCUAGGUGAAAAAGUAAGUAUUUUAAAGAGGUAAAUUAAAGAGUGUAGAAAAGAAAA